AUGCCGUUUGCCACUCUGUGCCUCCCCCUAGAGCACAAGGUCAAGUUGGGGGCUGCACAGGCCUGUCCUGAACCCCUACAUCUCUACAUGAUACAACUCCAAGCCAUCCUCAAGGCAGGAACAGACCCUGUCAUGUCACACCACAAGAAGAAAUUCGUCACCCACACCACCUGCCAAGGCUCCCUAGGACUGCAAGAACAGGCAUCAUACCUCACCAUGGGCCAGUCAUCACUGGAAAUCCAACCCCAGUUGGAGAAGAGCGUCAGGCGCCUCCGGGAGAAGUUUCAUGGAAAAGUGUCCCCCAAGAAGGCAGGGGCUCUUAUGAGGAAGUUUGGCAGCGACCACACCGGAGUAGGGCGCUCUAUCGUGUAUGGUGUCAAGCAGAAAGAUGGACAGGAGCUGAGCAACGAUUUGGACGCUCAGGACCCACCCGAGGACAUGAAGCAAGACCGAGAUAUCCAGGCAGUGGCCACCUCUCUGUUGCCCCUGACAAAAGCCAAUCUUCGAAUGUUCCAAAGAGCCCAAGACGACCUCAUCCCUGCCGUGGACCGACAGUUUGCCUGCUCCUCCUGUGACCACGUGUGGUGGCGCCGUGUGCCCCAGAGGAAGGAGGUGUCAAGGUGUCGCAAGUGUCGGAAGCGUUAUGAACCAGUGCCAGGUGACAAGAUGUGGGGCCUGGCCGAGUUCCACUGCCCAAAGUGUCGUCACAACUUCCGGGGCUGGGCACAGAUGGGGUCCCCAUCACCCUGCUACGGGUGCGGCUUCCCCGUGUACCCCACUCGGAUCCUGCCCCCACGCUGGGACCGUGACCUGGAUCGGCGCAGCACACACACCCACUCCUGCUCAGCUGCAGAUUGCUACAAUCGCAGAGAGCCCCAUGUGCCUGGGACUUCCUGUGCCCACCCCAAGAGCCGUAAGCAGAACCACCUCCCCAGAGUGCUGCACCCCAGCAACCCUCACAUCAGCAGCGGCUCCACAGUGGCCACAUGCCUGAGCCAAGGUGGUCUCGUGGAUGACCUGGACCAUCUCAUCCUGGAAGACCUAAAGGAGGAGGAGGAGGACGAGGAGGACGGUGGGUCCCGAGAAUGA